GCCUAUAAGAUACACCAAGACGCCGUGUGCUGAGCCCAUCCAUCGAUCCGCGCUGACCCCUGUCGUCGGGUGUACUCAACUUCCUCCACUAGCUAAGCUCCAUCUGCAUCCAUCCAUGGCGUCCGUGAAGAUCGCCGUCGUCCUCUUGGCGUGCGCCACGCUCAUGGCGACGGCGGCGGCGUACGCGCCGUACCGGCCCGAGCCCGAGCCCUGCAAGACGCAGGCCAUGUACUUCAAGAACUGCCUCCUCCUCGUCAGUGAGUGCGAGAAGUGCUGCACAGGCGUGGUGGCGGACCCCGCGUGCUUCUGCGAGGUGGAGCGAGAGGCCGAGAUCCAGUGCGCGCCCGGCCACCACUGCAGCCGCGCCGACAAGAAGAUCAAGAUCCACGAGAUGAACCUCUCCUGCAUGAAGAACCUCAAGUGCAAGCGUGCGUGAAGGCCGGUACCUUAGCUGCUUCCUACUACAAGUAUAUCUCGUCUCUCGUUUGUGUAUCGACUUUGUGGUCUGGCUUUCUUCCGACUAUGAUGUUUAUGUUGUGUCGUCGUCCUCAUGUAAACUUUGGUAUAACAUGGUGCUCGAUCUAAAACUAUCCACAUCGUCGCUGUACGCUUCUAUCAUGUACUUUGUCUGUCGAGAUCACUUGAUGCAUGCAUAUGCAUCUCUACUAUUCUUCUUCAGGGAUCAAGACAUUUACCUCGACAAAA